AAAAUUCUAACAAAGGAAGUUAUGAAUAAUCAGUAUUUUGCGAAUAAUAGACCGAACUCUAGACGAUGCUUUAAUAAUAACUUCAGUUCUAAUUAUAAUCGUCCGUCCAUUCCAAGAAAUUCCAUGAAUUUCACUGACAACUUUAAUGAUCUUUCGUCAAGUUUCCAUAAUUCAACUAUGCGAUCGGCAAGAGCACAAAGCUCUUCUAGCUUUUCAAGUCAUCUUAAUUCAUCCAGUGAUUUGCACACUGUAACAUGCGACAGAUCAUUUUCAUCACUUUUUGAUUCAUCAUCGAUUAAAGGAUCUCAAAAAAAGUACAGCAACAAUAGUGCUGAAAGCAAUAAGAGCUUUAAUAGCAGCUUCUCACACCAGGAACUGCCAGCAUUUUGUAAUGAUUCGUCUGUUGACGAUGACGAUGGAGUUUUCUUGCAAAUCAGUAAUUUGGAUCAGUACUACGAUGAAAAUAGCCUGAAAAACUAUCUCGUGAAUCAAUUGAAGCCAAUAACUCCAAUUCUAUCUUUAACAAUUGAAACACCGUCCAUUGCUAAAGUCAAAGUUCCAUCCAUUCAGUUUGCAAAACAAGUUGUAUCUCAUUUGCAUCGUAAGAAAAUGGGCCAUAAACGAAUUUUUGUAUCGUUUUUGAAAGACAAAACAUCAGCAGAGUGCUCAGCCUUACGUAACAAAGUCAUUGGAUUAUUAAUGGAUGUUCCGUCUCAUCAACUACCAAUGUCUAAAUUCCGAGAACUUUUUCAGUCUCGUUUCAAGUCAUCAAUCAGUAUUUUGGACCUUUAUCGCAUGCCUGAUGUCUGUACAAUUGCUGUAAACAGUCACGAUGAAAAAAUAAUUUCUCUUGAAUCAAAUGCUGCUACAAAAUGUGAGGAAGUUGAUAUGGUAUUGAAGACUGAUCAGCACAGUGCACCUUAUUGCAUUUUCCAUUAUAAGGCUGAUAAGAAUAAAGGAUGGGCUGAAAUUGAAAUUGAGCCAUUACCAAAUGUCUUUAUGACUGUUGACCAGGUCCAGUCAAUGAUUCAACCAUUAUUGCAAGUUCAUCAAGGAGACAUUCCAGUUGCUAGCUUAUUAUUUUGUCUUGAAGCAGAGCUUAAUGUUCAAGUACAGUCAAAUGAUCGCGGUGUUUCUUUAGAACAUCUUGUUUCUUGCGUACCAAAUGUUAAAAUCCGCAAUAAUGAUUAUGGAAUUAAGAUUUUGGCUUCUCGUGAUGAUAAUUCUUUUGACGACUCAUCAUUCUCGUCUAAGCAUUUCACAAAAACUAAUCUUAAUUCGUCGUGCGGCGAUUCUGCUGAUACUAUAUCCAAGGAAGUCAUUGAACUGAUUCGAAUGUGUCCAAAAUCAACAAUGCAGUUUUCAAAAUUCAUUCCUACAUACCAUAAUCAUUUUGGAAAGCAAUGUCGUGUUGCUGAUUAUGGAUGUACAAAAUUGAUUGAGAUGUUUGAAGCUAUGUCCUCCGUUGUUCAGGUCUUGGGAGAAGGUGAAUCACGACAAAUUACAUUAACUCAUCGUGUCCAAAUUCGUCGAUUCUCAACAGAUGUCUUUAAAAUCAUUCGUAAUCAGCCAUCAAAGUCAAUAUUCUCAUCAAACUUGCCACAAUUGUAUUUAGCAACUUAUAAUCGUGUUUUUGAUGUCACUGAUUAUGGUGUUUGUGAUAUUGAGGAUUUAUUGAAUGGUCUACGUAACAGUAACUUUAUUCUGGUCUCAAAGAUUCGCGAUGAAACUAAUGAAUACAUUUUGAGUCUCCAAAAACGUCGUCAAACAAAUGUCGAAAUGGAAAAGACUAGCAUUUUUGCUAGUGAAGUCGUUGAACUUCUUCGUAAUGCUCCACAAUUUUCAAUUCCAUUCCGCAAAUUUGUCCGUUCCUAUCAUUAUUAUUUCGGAUAUCAAUGCAAAUUGAGUGAUUAUGGAUUUAUGCGUCUAGCUGAAUUGUUGGAAGCACUGUCCGGUGUCGUUGAAAUGGACUUGACUAAUGAAGAGAAUCGAAAGAUAUUUUUAUCACGUAAAGUUGCAUUGCGAAUCUUUUCAGAACAGAUACAAGAAAUAAUCAAGACAAUGGCAGGCUUGUCAGGAACAAUGGUUAAGUUUGAUGAGUUAAUGGAAAUGCACAAGAGUAAAUUUGGAUAUCAAAUGCAAGGAUCAUCAUUGGGUUAUGAAUCUGUCAUUGAUGCAUUAAAAUUCGUUCCAUUUAUUGAACUUCACAGCUACGAAAAUGAAGUUUGGCUUGUCUCACAUUUGGAGAAUGAGAAAUUUAGGCAACGCGCAAUGCUUGUAUGCUUAGCAAUCAUUGAUAUUGGUUCAACAAUUCCAUUAUCUAAGUUCCAUGCUGUUUUUGGAGAUAAAUUUAAAUUCUCGAUUCCAGAAAAGCAAUUGCAUGCAAUGAAACAUGCCGUUCAAAUUGAAAUGGUUAAUGGAAUUAAAAUGAUCUCGAUUACGCCAAUGAUGAAGUUUAUAAUGCACGUUGUGAAUGUUGUCGAGCAGCAUAAGAGAAUGAAUAUUCAGGAAAUCAAGUCAAUGAUGAAGCUCAACUUGACAACAUGCUUUAAUUUCGGAUUUCCUAAUUUAUCAUCAUUAUUUCAAGCAUUUUCGGACAUCUUUAAGUUCUCGAAAGUGGGUUUAAAUCUUCAUGAUCGCAGCGAUAUCGAAUUAGUAUCUGAUUGUCCAUUAACUCAAAAUGGAUUGCAAAAAUUACUCAGCAUGAAUAUAAUUCAAAUUCCGGAUGAGAAGCCAGAAAUCUUUCGUCAUGUUCAAAAACCACUUCCAAUUGGCUUUAAUCGUAAUCAAAAAGGAGCUGCUUGUAAGGCUAAUGACAGCAGGUCACAGCAACAUAUCCAAUUAAAUCCAUAUUGUCGCAACUUUAAUAAUCAAAGUAAUAGCAAUAUUCAUGUCCAUUCAUACUCUAAUGACGUCACAAUGCCAACUGAAAUGCUGGGAAAUUUCGUACAACCUAAUUAUGAGGAACCGCAAGGAUAUUAUGAGCGGAAUUUAAAGUUCCAACAGCAACAACAACAGUCAAUGAAGCGUGACUUUUGGAAUAAUUCAACUGGAUAUUCUUCAAAUUCAUCUAAUUUUUCAGGCAAUGAUUCCAGCAUGCAACAAAAAUACUCGAUGCUAUCGCCUUACAUCCGCUUUGACGCUCCUGAAAGUCCAAAAUUAUCAAAACCUGCAACAAUCUGGUUCGAUCCAAUUUGGAAGAGCGACAGUGGAUUGUUUGAUGCUAAUCGUGGAACUAAUACAGGAAGUAGCGCAAGCAGCACAACUGAUUCGUUGAAGGCAUUUAAUGUUCAUGUAGUUUCACCAUUCAUGUCCUUCAAAACAAUGUUUACAUUCGAUAACGUCAGCGCAAGUGGAAGCAACGCCAACAAUGGUAAUCAGAACAUUAAAAUGUAACGAGUCAACGUGUGAUCACUGUGUGAUUAAUUAAUUAAUUAAUAUGAUUUUUAUGCCAGAAGAUGCAAAAAAAAGAAAAAAAAAACUAUUAUAUGUGUGAUAGCGCAAAAUUCUCACUUAAUUUACUAUUAGUACUUAAUUUAAUUAAGUUAUUUCAUUUUCGUUUUGUUAUUCAUAUUUUUACAAACAUUGAUAUACUCGUUUAUUAGUAAUUUAAUUAUUUGUAUCCGAUAGAAUGCAUAAUGCAUGUCUUUAAACCUAAUAAAAUAAUCAUAUUUUUAAGCUCAUCG